AAAACGAAACUUAACAGAAGAGAAAACAAGCUCUACUAACUCACACCCCCUGGGCGGUUUCUGUUAUGAAACAAAUACCAGAUCCUUCGUCAAACGUUGUAGCUCUGCACAACACACCAGUUUGACACCACAGAAGCUGUAUCAUGAGUUGCAGAACCUGAAAAGAAAAAUAUGGUGAAACCUUUGAUCACAGAUUUUUCCACAUCUCUACCAAUGGAACCAGAAAAGAAAUUUAAAAGGUAUCAUUCAGGACCCUCAAAAAACAUCUUUUGGAAGCUGUGCCUAUUAACUAUUCUGAUAGUUCUUCUCAUCCCUAUAAAUUUUGUACUCUGGAGGAUAGGUAAACAUCAGUGUUCAAGUACUUUGAACAGUACAUCAUCAGUAACACCGGAAAACUCCAUAGAGAGGUCUGCACCAUGUGAGGAUAACUGGAUCUGGUACAGGGGGAAAUGUUACUAUAUCAAUGACACAGCUGAUACAUGGACCAACAGCCAGAGCUCCUGUGUCUCACAUAAUGCAUCCUUGGCAAUUAUUAAUGAUGAGGCUGAACUGGGGUUCUUAAACAGAUUUCAGGGAAAAUUAGAUUAUUGGAUUGGAUUAUGUUGGAACAGUGCUAAUAUUACAUGGACUUGGACAGAUGGAACAACAUACAAUAAGACACUAUUUAUAAUCAGUAGUGUUUCUGAAAAUUCACAUAAAUCAGAAUGUGCUUACCUGAAUCAUUAUAAUGUGAAAAGUCGGAAUGGUGCAUAUGUGACCAACUUUAUUUGUGCAAGAAGAAGCUAUGGAAAAACGUGACAUUUGGAGAAAUGGAUAAGCACUUUGCAGGUCCACAACGUGCAGUGAUUACCUCAGACACCCUUCUUGGCCACAAGUUCCUGGAUAACAGCAGACGGUGUAUUUUUCCAAUCUGCCUUAAGUACAGAGACCAACUGCAACACUGAAGAAGGUCGAGUCGUUCUAGAAUGCACCCGUCAAUCCAGUUCAUCCUCAAGGUUCUCAUUGGGGUUAAAAUCUGGACUCUGAGCUGGCCAGUCCAUCUGGGUCACCGAAUAUUCUGUAUACCAGUCCAGCGUCUUCCCGGGAAACAUGACAGGUAGCAUUGUCGUCCUAAUAAAAACAUUUGUUGUUUCUGUAGAACUGCAACAAUAUAAGGAGCACAGAGUUAUCGAGAACAUCUCUAUACUUCCCCCUCUAACCACAAGGUCUGCAUGGACCUGUAUAAAUGUGUCCCCCGGCUGUGUCAUUAUCUCCUUUACUAGUGCAGCCCGGUGCUGGCUUCAAAAAUACGAGGGACCCCUACAUCUUUUUCUCCCCCCGUAUU